GCGCCAAUAUAUCGCACAAGCUUAAGUCGGCCAGGACAGAAUGCAGCCACUAAACACGCCAAACCAUUUCCGUCUCUGUUCAGCAAGGAAACUUCUUCCCUUACAAUGGUUCGAGCCUUGUUGGUGCUCUUGGUUCUUGGCUCCGUUUUAAUCGGGUGGGCUAGCUCGCACCAGGAGUCGGGUGACUGGAGCUGCGAGUCGGACGAGGAGAUCCGAGUGCAAGCCGAUUUCAGGCCAGGAAUCAUCACUCUCGAUGGCCGCGCCGACGAUUGGAAGGACAUUGAUGGCUUCGAGUUCGCUCUCCUCCCUGCUCUGGACCCGGAUGACGAUAAAGAGUAUAAAAAUGGAAAAAUGACCGUUAAGGCUUUGCACGAUGGCAGAGACGUGUUCUUCUUGUUGCAAGUUGACGGGGAGUAUGCUUACACGAAAGGCAAUAACAAAAAAUGCCCAUCUGUGGCCCUCAUGUUUCCAAUUGGUGAUCAUGCCACCUAUCACAAUAUGGGUGGUUGUAAGGAAGAACCUAGUAGUUGCACCAGCAAAACUUGCAAAGGCCACGAAGUUGACAUUAUGCACUUCUCAAUUGGAAAUGCUAUUCCUGGACGGCUUUAUGGUGGAAAUCCAAUAGACAACAGAGAUGGAAAUGGUGGUGACAGGUUUGGCCAUUUGGUUGAUCUUUAUGCAUGGAAUCCACACUGUAGAUACGUUGAUGGACUUGGUCCUUCAGGAAAUGAUUCUAGUGCACAAAAUGACUGGAAAGGGGCUUGGUGGCACACUACUUUCAGUGAUAAAACAGGUUUUGUAGAGGAAGAAAGCCCUUAUGCUUCAGAUGGUCAAAAAGGCACUUAUUUUUUUGAAUUCUCUAGGACGUUGAGAACCAUGGAUCGUCUCCAGCAGGAUGCUCAGUUCACAAUCAGUGGAUCUAGCAAGAUAGCUGUUGCAUUCUGGUAUCCAGUUGAUGGGAAUCCAUGGUAUGCAUCUGGUCACUAUUCUGUCAACUGCGAGUGGGUACCCUUAGAUUUCUCGCCUGGUGGUUCAACGCUAACCGCUUCAUCACCAGGCAGCUCAGGAGAGACUAUCAGUGUCUUUGCGCUUCUAAUUGCAGUAGUCUCUAUAUGCUUUUCUAUUUUUCUGGGAUAUAAAGUUGCUAGACCCAAUACUGUAAAUUUUACACCCAUGGGGGAGGAUCUUUAGAAUAGUAAGUAGUAUGGAUCUGAGAUUGUACUAUUAAGUGAGACUUGUACUUCUUAGUUUUGUACUUUGGUCACUACCACGUCAUUAUUGAAUACAAAUUUUUAAUUGUUUGUCUGGACUUA